AUGGGAUGGUUUUUGCUUUCACUUCUAGGAAGGGCACUAAGAUACAAGAGAGCUUUUGACAGUGGGGGAAACAGACAGACAGACACACACAGAGAGAGACCGCAUUUGAAAAUAUUGGACCAGAACAAACAGCUGCCAGGGUUCUCUGAGCACAGGGAGUGCAACAGUCUGGCUGGCACCAUGCUAAGCAAGCAACCCAUCCUUGUGGAAUCCCUCAUCAUGUUCACCAUCGUGCUUUGUGUGCACAGCACAGUCUGGGAUCGCUUUUCCUGGUGCUCCAUUGCACUUGCAAUCCAAGCUUUCUAUAUCCAGUUUAAAUGGGACAACCUCCUCCGCCUGGGCAGCGCUGUCUUCCAGUUUCGGGCAGGAGCAAACAGUGGCCUCUUCCCAGCUUGCAUGGCUGUCCCAUUGCUGGGCAUUGUGAUGAAAGAGAGGUGCCAAGUGGCUGGUAUCGUGUACUUUGAGCGUUUUGGCAUCAUUGUAGCCUCCACUGGCAUGAUCAUCGCCCUGUUCCUCUCUGUGAUAGCGCUCGGUGUAACUAAACCUGUGCCAACAAAUACCUGCAUCAUCUCUGGCAUUGCUGGCAGCCUGAUCAUCUACACCAUGAAGCACUCGUUGACGGUCUCUGAAGUGAUUGAGGUCCUGGAGGUCUUGCUUAUCUUUGUCUACCUCAGUAUGAUACUGCUUUACUUGCUGCCUCGAUGCUUCACUCCCGGUGAGGCUCUGCUCGUCCUGACAGGAAUAAGCUUCGUCCUCAAUCAGCUCAUCAAACGUUCUCUGAACGUAACCGAAAGCAGAGGGGACCCAAUUGACUUCUUCCUCCUGGUGGUGGUGAUCGGGGUGGUUCUCCUUGGGAUAUUCUUCACUGCCCUCUUUUUCUUCAUGGAUUCUGGGACCUGGAUCUCCUCCAUGUUCUUCCAUAUGAUGACAGCGGUGCUGGGUCUGGGGGUUGUCAUGCCGUGGCUCUACCGCCUGAUUCGGCAGAACCCCCUCUUUUGGCUCUCCCAGUUCCUCUCUCAAACACAGACCAGAGUUUAUCUCCUCUCCUACUGGAUCCUCCUGGCUGCUUUGGCAUGCACAGUGGUUCUCUAUCAAAACGCCAAGAGGUCAUCUGGUUCUAAGAAACACCAAGCAUCAACCAUAACCAGGAAAUACUUCCAUUUCAUUGUGGUAGCAACGUAUGUCCCAGGACUAAUCUACGACCGCCAGCUCCUCUACGUGGCUGCUGUGGUGUGCUUGGCAGUUUUCAUUCUUCUUGAGUACAUCAGAUACUUCACCAUCAAACCCUUGGGGCACACCCUCAGGAACUUGCUCUCUCUCUUUUUGGAUGAACGGGACAGUGGGCCUUUGAUCUUGACUCACAUCUAUCUUCUGCUGGGGAUGUCCCUCCCUGUUUGGCUGUUCCCCAGACCUUGUGCCUCAAAGGCUACUUUGCCUGGGGCUGGGGCCCUGGCCCCUUACUCUGGGGUGCUUGCUGUGGGCAUUGGGGACUCAGUAGCUUCUAUUUUCGGGAGCACAGUGGGGGAGAUCAAAUGGCCGGGGACCAAGAAGACCUUUGAAGGCACCAUGAUGGGCAUAUUUGCCCAGAUCAUUGCUGUUGCCAUCAUUCUGAUCUUUGACAGUGGUGUCGAUCUAAAUGCCAGCUACUCCUGGAUUCUGGCAUCUAUUAGUUUGGUUUCCCUUUUGGAAGCCUACACUACCCAAGUGGACAAUUUACUUCUGCCUCUCUACCUCCAAAUACUACUGAUGACUUAG